AUGCCUCCUCAGUUGAAAGAUCCGUCGCUGCUGAAGCAGGACGUCGCUUAUAUCAAUGGCGAAUGGCGAGCUGCCAAGUCUGGCAAGACUUUCAAGGUCAAUGACCCCUCUACUGGCACCUUGAUUGGUACCUGCGCCGAGUGCGAUGCCGAAGACACCAAGCUGGCCAUCAAGGCCGCCGCCGAUGCUUUCCCUGCCUUUCGCAGCCUGACUGGCCGUGAACGUGCCAAGAUGCUGCGCAAGUGGUAUGAUUUGAUGGUGGAGAAUGCUGAUGAUAUUGCCAAGCUCAUCACUUGGGAGAAUGGCAAGCCUGUCGCUGAGGCCAAGGGCGAGGCUACUUAUGCUGCCAAUUUCUUUGAAUGGUUUAGUGAGGAAGCUCCUCGAACUUAUGGCGACACUAUUCCCGCUACUGUGCCUGGAAACAGGGUGUGGACGCUCAAGGAGCCUGUCGGUGUGUGUGGGCUAAUUACACCAUGGAACUUUCCUGCUGCCAUGAUUACUCGAAAAGUCGCCCCAGCCCUGGCCGCUGGCUGUACCGUUGUUUGCAAGGCUCCCGGCGAGACUCCCUACACUGCCCUGGCUGUCGCUGAGCUUGGUCACCGGGCAGGUAUUCCCAAGGGUGUCGUCAACGUCGUUACCACCCUUGCCAACACGCCAGAGAUUGGUGAAGUGCUCACCACUGAUCCUACCGUCAAGAAGGUGUCAUUCACUGGAUCCACUGGUGUCGGCAAGCUCCUCAUGAAGCAGUCAUCUGGCACCCUCAAGAAGCUGUCUUUGGAGCUUGGUGGCAACGCACCAUUCAUCGUCUUUGAUGACGCUGACAUUGAGACCGCUGUGGCUGGCGCCAUUGCUUCCAAGUUCCGUGGAACCGGUCAAACCUGCGUUUGUGCCAACCGAAUCUACGUCCAAGAGGGUGUCUACGACGAAUUCGUCAAGAAAUUUACCGAAAAAGUAAACGCUUUCAAGGUCGGCAACGGCUUCGAGGACGGCACUACCCACGGACCUCUUAUCCACGACCGGGCCGUUUCCAAGGUUGAGGCUCACAUCAAGGACGCCCAGUCCAAGGGCGGCAAGAUUGUCGCCGGUGGCCAAGCGAUGCCCGAUCUGGGAGCCAACUUCUUCCAGCCAACUGUUAUCCGGGACAUGACUCCCAACAUGGCCAUGGCUACGGAGGAGACGUUUGGACCCGUCGCCGGACUCUUCCCCUUCAAGACAGAAGCUGAGGUUGUCAAGAUGGCUAACAAGGUUGAGGUCGGCCUUGCUGGAUAUUUCUUCUCGCGAGACCUUCACCGUGUUCACAGAGUAGCUGAGGCGCUGGAAGUCGGCAUGGUUGGUGUCAACACUGGUAUCAUUUCUGAUCCAGCAGCUCCGUUUGGUGGUGUCAAAGAGAGCGGUUUUGGUCGUGAGGGUUCCAAGUAUGGUAUUGCCGAGUACCAGAUUACCAAGAUGAUUACGUACGGAGGAAUGGGAUUGCCCUUGCAGAGUUAG